CAGCUCCUGAUGAUUGCCGAGCAUUUCUGAUGGAAGGGAGAACAGCCAUGCAAAGCAGUGUGCUUACAGUGAAGCACUAACACAGCAUCACACUUAGCAAAACAGUACACAGUUAACCCUUUGAUCACCCCACAUGUUAACACCUUCCUUCCCAGUGCCAUUAGUACAGUGUCAGUGUUUUUUUAUUAGCACUGAUCACUGUAUUGGUGUCACUGGGGAUGUCAGUGACACCAAGUCAGUUCCCCCCAGUGUCAGAAUGUCCUCCGCAGUCCCGCUAUAAGUCACUGAUCAUCACCAUUACUAGUAAAAAUAAA